AUGGUUACCAACGAUUUAGUAUCGGAUUGCGCCGCGGGGUGGGGAGGGGUACGACGGAUCCAUCAACGUCCGCGCGAAUCGGGAGACACGACGGAUCUCCGCGAUCGGCGUGCACCGCGCCGUACGUCGUACAAUGAGGACGGAGUGAGAUAUGCGCGUGAGAAGAUCGGCGAGGACGUUGACGACGACGACGACGACGGCGGCGGCGGCGGUGACGACAAGGAAAGCGACGAGGAGAAGGAGGAGGACGACGAAGCGUCAACGGAUCAUCUCUUGACGUUCCUCGCGCCGGCGUCUCUUGUUCGCACCAGGUCGGCGGGCCAGACCACCGCCACCACCGUUCGCGCCGUUUGCGAUGCCGAUUCCCGCGGGCGACGCAACGACGACGACGACGACGACGAUCAUCACGAUCGCCCACGGCCGCUGCAGCAGCCGCGGCGACACGGCGACGACGCGGUGAUACGGCGAUCGGCGAGUACCGGAUAUCACGACGACGACGACGACGACGUCGUUCACGCGAGCGGUGGGACCUCUCCCACGGUGGAUCGCGGCCGGAUCGUUCCUGAGACCACCGCAGGUAACGGUGCACUUCCUGGUGCCCCCCUCCAUGCGCGAGAACGAGAAUUCCUACUGUGGUUCGUUUACUAUGAAUUGUAAUCUAACGGACGCAAGAAGUUGGAACAACCAGCCCUUAGAAUUUUGUGUUUUGAUUGGUGAUCACUUUAUAACUUGUAAUAUAACAAAUAAUGCACACAUUUAACAGUGCUUGACUCAUAAGUUCAAUUUUUGUUUAAUCUUUUUGUUUUAUAAUCUAACGUGCAUAUAAAUAUGAGUAAUAUAUAUAAUACAAAUAAGUUAAAUAUUGAACUAAUAUGUGAAUAAUAAAAGAAGUGCUCCUUUUUGGUCAAGAUAGAUCUUGGUGCUUGAUAGUAUUUUUGUAUCAAUUAUUUAAUACGUUUUUUAGUUUUUGAUAUAAAUGACACGAUAUGUGCGAUU